CUUCAUACCCGUCAUUGCUGCCUUCUGUAGCACUGACUCCCAUGGCUCAGUCCCACCGACUGAAAAAGACCUCAUCUCUUGAAUCCUCGUCUGUGAAUGCUGAUAAGACCAGUUUUACUGAGUUUGCAGGCCCUACUCCUCUGAAUGUUGUUGACCAUCCUUCUCAGUACGCACCAGUCCAGAGCCCUAACAUGAAUGGUGGUUUCUUUCAUGUUGCUGGAGGGACAUCAAACGUUAAAAUUCUGAGUAAAGCUAAAGACCACUUGGAAAUGAAUGGCUCUGAGACCAGACUUGGGCGGUCUUCUCGGUUGCCUGUUGGAAACGGAACAAACUCUGAGAAAACUGAUUUUCCUCAAAGCAAGGGUGCAUCUCAUGGAAGGCCAGGUGUGGGUUCAGUUGGGAAACAACACAACAGGGCAAUUGGGGCUGCGUCAAGUAUGAGAAGAUAGAUCUGUUUUGGAUCUUGCAGGCAGUGCCGACACUCAAUUAUUGGCAUCAAGCCGAGCAAAGAACCGAAGAUUGUGACUGGAAGGAGGCAGUAAUAUCUCAAGUUAUAUUCUCCAGCUAUAUGUUUACUAUGUGCAAAUUGAUUCAAAAUACUGGGUGGUUUUACUACAUUAUAUUCUCUUAAAUUGGAAAACAUGAAUUUAUUUAAUCCUUUCGGUUGUUGCAUUUAAUUGCCUGCUGUACUGUUUUGGUGCAACGUUCAGCA